GCCAGAUUUUGUAGCCCCCGGCCCGGACCCGGAGCCAGCCAGCUAGUCAGCCGUAGAGCAGCCACGCCUCUUGGCGCCCCAGGGGGCACCCACUAUAGGGCACCCAUUGUGGUAUUUUUUUUUUUCGAAACGCAAUGAAAUUUGGCAAGACCUUCGAGACGCAUUUGACGAUCGAGUGGCGUCGUCAGUAUAUGCGUUAUGGGGAUCUUAAGGUGCUAAUUAAGAGAGGAGUGGACAGAGCUCCCCCGCCCGCCACCACUCCGGACUACGAGAUACAGGCCUAUUACAGGGCCUUCGAGGAGACCUUCCUGAUGGAAUGCCAGAACGAACUGACCCGCGUGAACAACUUCUUCCUGGAGAAGCUGUCGGAGGCCCGUCGGAAGCACAAUACCUUGAAGAUACAACUACUGGCCUACUCCCAUGUCCCCGGACACACCUCCAGCGACCUAUCCAUCGGCUCCAAUCGAAUAGCCAGCCACCUACCGAACCGGAGGCGCUCCAGUGCCGAGAAGAAGAUGACCCAACGGCAGCUGAGAAGCGCCUACAGCGAGUUCUAUCUCAGUCUGGUACUCCUCCAGAACUAUCAGUCCCUCAACGAGACCGGGUUCCGGAAGAUCUGCAAGAAGUACGACAAGUAUCUCAGGUCCACCGCCGGCGCCGAGUGGUUCGAUCGGAAUGUGGAGUUCGCUCCCUUCACGGACGGCCAUCUCCUCCAGUACAUCAUAGCGGAAGUGGAGGAUCUGUAUACCCUGCACCUGGCUGGCGGAGAUCGCUCCAUGGCCAUGGCCAAGUUGAGGGUUCCGCCGUUGGGAGAACCGACUCCGCCGUUUAUGGUCUUCCGUGCUGGUCUGUCGCUGGGGAUGCUCAUCAUGCUGGUGAUGGCCACGGCGGCAAUAUAUUGGAAGAGACCGCCCACUGCCGAUAAUAUUCCGGGUUUCAUGAGACUCUACCGCGGACCCUUCACCUGGGUGAUCUUCAACUUCUUCAUGGCCGCCAACGUGGCCGGCUGGCAGCGGGCUGGCGUCAACCAUGUCCUCAUCUUCGAGAUCGAUCCGAGAAGCCACCUACUGCCGGCCACCUUUCUGGAGAUCGCCUGUGUCUUUGGUAUUCUGUGGGCCCUCUCGAUGCUGGGAUUUCUGCUCCACGAUUUGAUAUUUGUGCCGGAUCCGUUCCUCUUUCCGCUAGCCCUCAUCCUGAUCAUGCUGGGCAUGCUGGUGGUGCCACUACCGAUCAUGAACUGGCCGGCCCGAUGGUGGACCAUGAAGUUGGUGGGUCGAGUGGUGUCCGCCCCACUGCACUAUGUGGGCUUUGCCGAUUUCUGGAUGGGAGAUCAGAUGGUGUCGCUGGGAAACUGCCUGGUGGAUCACUACUAUAUAUUUAGAUUCUAUGCCACCUGCUGGCUGAGAAGCCACCUGAUGAUCAAUUGCUUCAAGCCGGACGUUAUGGUGCCGAUAAUGAGUAGUUUGCCGGCAUGGUUCCGGUUCGCCCAGUGCCUGAGACGAUUCCGGGACAGUGGCUCCAAGUCGGUGAGCUACCUGAUCAAUGCCGGCAAGUACUCGACCACCUUCCUGGUGGUUCUAUUCUCAACGCUACGCAGCCAAACGGACGGUGGGUACGGCAACACGUUCAACAAUCCCUUCACCUGGCUCUUCCUCGCCAGCAACGUGGUGGCCUUCAUCUACGGCUAUCUCUGGGACGUAUUGCGGGACUUUGGCCUCUUCCGGAUCUUUCGUGGUGAACACAUCUUCCUCAGGCCCCAACUGGUAUACCCCGUUCCGGUCUACUACUUCGUGAUAGUGGAGGAUCUGGUGUUGCGACUGGUGUGGGCCUUUGAGUUUGUUCUCCUCUACCACGACUGGAUCUCGGCCUAUAAUAUGAAGACUAUUAGCAGCUUACUGGAGAUAACCAGAAGGUUCAUCUGGAACUUUGUGCGAUUGGAGCACGAGCACUUGUACAACUGUGGCAAGUUCAGGGCAACCAGGGACAUCUACUUGGCGGCCCUGAAUCCCCGCCAGGAGCGAUUGCUGGAGAGCAUGAUGGAUGAGACGGAUGGGGUGACCCAUAGACGGAACACCAAAGAAAGAAUUCGACUCGGCAAGGAGUAUUUCUAGAGCAGAUGGUCUCGAGGCAGAUGUCUUCGAUCGUCAUCAUCACAUUUAAUUAAUUCAUUUUGAGCAAAAAUACAAGUCUCGAGGAGACAGGAGACAGGAGACGGGAGACUGUAGACUGUGGACUGUGGACUGUAGGAGGAGAAGAAAAGGGAGCCAGACACGCGCCAAACCGGUUCAACAGCUGCACCCAAAAGCGGCUCAAGUAGCGGCCCCUCCUUGGCAGCCUCUCCUUGGCAGCCCCUCCUUGGAACUAUUGUCACUGAGAUCCUCAUCGCAAUACCAGAUCACGGACAAUCUCUUAAUUGACUCGCCUCGAAGCUUUCUGAUUAGCCUCGCAAUUAGCCAGAAGAAUCGAUAAGAGCGAAGAUUCAGGAGAGAAGAAAGAAUACAAUUCAAAAAUUAAUAAUUCAAGGCUAAGAAUCCGGAGAAGUAUUUGGAGAAAGGCUUUUCUUUUAAUUUAUUUUCCUUUAUUUUUUUUUUUGCAAAUUUUCUAUGAAAAAUCUUUGAUUUCUUUGGUUUUUCUUUUCAUUUCAAGAUUCUCUCAGUGUAGCUAUCAAGUAUAGAUGUUUUGGUACAGUAUUUAUAGUCUACAUAUAUAUAAAUUAUUGUAAUUAUAAUAUUUUAGUUUAUUAAAUUUAUUUAUUUAAAUAAAAGAGGUCUUCCAUUGGAGGGUUUAGGGGUAUCUAUAAGGAAUAUUUAGGGCUUCAAAAAUGUAUUAUAAUAAAUUUUAAAAAUAUAAUUAUAAUAAAAACUUCUUGACUUGAUACUCUCCUUUUUCAAAGUCUUAAGAUUACCUAAUUUUUAAUAGGAUUUAUUCUAUUAUGUUCUCUUUUUAAAGAAGCAUCCUAAAAAUCCUUGGAAUGUUUCAAAUCCUCUUAAAAAAAGUCAAGAAACAGAAGCCUUUUCAGAAUUAAGGAUAAAACUCUUAAGUCUUUUGUUGGAAACCCUUUUCUCCCUCAUUUUUUUUUUUGGUAACAAAUCUCAGAAGCCAGACAAUCGGAUUAGCCAAGAAAUGAAAAAAGGAUGAGUCUUAAAGACUCUGAUCUUUUGAUUUUCUGAUUUUUUGAUUUUGUAAUUUAUUUUUUUUGUAAUUUGAUCAGCAAUCAGAUUCCGGGAUGUGAGUUGCUGAUGUAUUCCUGACGAUGACGAGGCUUAAAUGGCUAAUGAGGGCCAGGAGAGGGGCCUAAGAGGAUGGCCGGUCGGACAACUUAUCUUUCACUCUUCUGGCCAGGUCUGGGCCAGAUCUUGGCCAGGCACGAGGCAAACAUAAAUUAGCGAUUGCCAGCAAUACUUCCAACUUGCAACUUGCAACUUGCAACAUUGCAACACUGGAGAGUAAGUGUGUGUGUGUGUGUCUCCAGAGAAAGGGAGUACAGUCCGGGCUAUUAUUAAUUGCUGCCACGAUUGAGUGCAAGUUGCAAUGUUGCAACGUUGCUGAUCUUGUGGUACAGUUGCACACGCGCCACAACCAGACCAAAACAAAUAAACAAACAAACAAAUCAAGAAAAACAAAUCCCAACCAUGGCCAAAACUCACCAAACAAGGCCCGAACGUGGUCGGGCUUUAAGCUAAGUUCCCUGACCAACUAGAGAGGGAUUUUCCAGCAAAAUAGUGGGUAGAUUUGUAGUUCUAGAAUUUUGAUUUUUUUUUGAGAGUUUUAAGAUCUUAAAAAAUUAAUUCUUAAUCUCAAUAAAUCAGUCUUAAAUAUUUUAAAUAUUAAUUUAAUGUCAAGAACUAUACCUUGCCACAUUUUCCUUCCCGUGUACCCUUCGUUUGUGGCUCAAAAACUUGGCUCUUGGCUCUCUUGGCUAGAUGGCCAAUGUCCAUCUUGGGCUUGUACUUAGAUGGCUUAUUGCAGUUGCCUCUUGGCUUGGAAAAUGGCGCGCAAACGGCCAAACAAACAAACAAGCUGGCGUACAAAGUCCAAAAACAAAACAAAGACUGGAAAAAAACUUGGCUUAAACCCUUUUGUGCCAGCUGAGCUUGCGUUUGGGCCAACUCGUGCUAAAUUUAACCAAAAGGAGCAGGACAUGCUGAAAGGGGCAAGGAUAGGGGGAGGGGGACCAAGGAGUUAGGGCCAAGAAGCUUGGCCAAGAAGAUAAAAAAAAAAAAACAUGCGACUCUGGAGGGAGAAACCAGUUUGGCCAGCUUUUGGCUCCUUUUCCUGGUUUUUUUUUUGUUGCUUUUGGCUUGUUGAUACCUGGCCUCCCCCCACCCCUCUCUCUCUUUUUAUGGUGCAGCACGCGUCUAUAUAAAAUAUAUCCCCCCCCCUCUUCACCAAGCACUCCUUGCCCCGCUGGGAUUUGGUUGACGCAGCUCAUAAAUUUAUGUGGCAGGCUUUUGAUUGCCUUUAUGCUGCCGUUUUCUUUUUACCUCUUCUGCCACCAGUACCCUCUCCCCAUUUGGCCAAGUCCCGUCUCUUUGUGGCUCGUUAAUUUGUGCACAUAAAUUGGCUUUCAGCCAAGUUCUAAGCCAAGUCCCCCAAGUUCCUGCUCAGCUCCAGCCGAUCAGGUUCGAUAUAUUCUGCGCGACUUUUGGCAGCCAGCUGCCUUUUUUUUAGCCAGGUUUUCAUUUUCAGCUGCUUAAUGUUUUCUUUUUUUUUGGGUUUUAAAAAAUUAAGCAGAAGCAGCUGUUUUUAGUUUUUAGUUAAGUGACUAAAGGAUAUCUUAGUUUAAGAGAAAAAAGGCAAGGGGUUAUGGUUUGAAAGGAUAGUCAUAGAAGAUAGGCUUUACAGGGAGGAUUAUUGCCUUUUAUUAUUCUAAAAAUUAUAGAUUUAAUAUAAUAAAUAUUAUUUUAUAUAUUUUAUGAUUAUUUUUAUUAUUAAAUAUUGUAUUUUCUUAACCAAAACUUUUAAAUUCAGUUUUUUAAAACCGUAACUAUGCCUGGGAAUCAUAUUCCCAAAAAGUUGUAAUGAAAACAUGAGUUUUUUCGAAUUGUAGGUAAAAAAUAAAUAGCAAAAAAAUAUAUAAAAAAUAUUAUGUGAUUAAUUGCACAUUAAAUCUUUAAAAAAACGUUCUUAAAACUAUAAUUUAAAGUCAAGUCCUAUUAAAUUUAAAGUUUCUCGAGACUCCAGAUAGAAUUUAAUUGGCUCUGGGCUGCGGCCGAACCCAAACCCCUGUGGGUGGCUUAUGAUUGGGGUGUGAUUAUCUGGGUAUACGAUAGCCCCACCUUUACUCCCCAAAAGCCCGUAGAGCCCAUAACCCCGGGCCUAAUUUCAGAGUCUCCACCUGCCCCAGUAGCCGGCUAAGCAGGCGAUUCAACGGCGAUUUUGCAACCAACUUUUUAAUGUGGAUCAAGUUGUAAGUUUUUUUUCGGGGCACAAACUAUAUAGACUGGAGGGGAGACUGGAGGCGACCUUCCAAUGACUUUCCACGCCCACUUUUCGGGGGCUGGGCUGGGCUGGGUAACAGCGUGGAAAAUGGCGAAUUAUGGCGGGAAAAAUAAUCAGCAGCUGCACUCGCGGCAGAAACAAAUGAAUUUCAAUUUAAUUAGCCAAACUAGAAAAUCUACAGGUGUAGUUUCUGUGUCGACUGACUGACUGACUGACAAAACAAAAAACAGCAAAAAAAUGAAUAGAAUGCCAAUGUAAUUGCCACAAUUUGCUGCAUUUUUGUGGCACGACAAGUUGCAUAGAAGUAUUAUGAUAAUUUUUAAUGGGUUUUUGGGUUGAAGAUUUUGAGAAACUGAGAACUUGAAGAUGAAGUUUAUUUUUAAUUAUUUAUUCAAGUGAGAUUUUCUUAAAAACAAUAUAUUUUUUCUCUGUAUUUUUCUGUUUUAGAAAUCCCUUUUUUCUCUCUCUGUUUUUAUAUUAAACCCCCUUAAGGUCUAAAAAUCCCUAAGCCGCUUUUGGCCAUUUCGAGUCUUUUGUUUAAUGAUAAGCUCUGCUUCUUUCUCUCUUUUUUUUAUCUCUCAAAAAAAAAAAAAACAACAAAAAAGUGAAGCCAGGCUUGGCUUGGCUUUGAUUUUUCGUGGCUUUUGGCGGGCUUUAUUCCAGACUUGCCCCAAGUGCCACAUAAACCAGGUUUCGCGAUCUCUUCUUCUUAUGCCUUCUACCUUCUGGCCAAAAAAAAAAAAUAAACAACAAAAAAGCCACAAAAUCCGCGCAAAUGCAGCUAAUGGGCCAUGAAAAAAACAACAACAACAAAAAAAGCCUUAAAAACAAAAACAAAAGAAGAGAUGGUGAAGAAGCAACUCCAGCCUCCAGGGUUUGCAACAUCACGAGAAUCAUAAAAAACAUAAAAAACAAAAAAAAAUUGAGAAAAAAAAUCUUAAGAACCCGAAAGCAACAUUGAAAACAAAACCAACUUUAUCGGCCCUCUCCGACUGCCCUCCCUCCUACCGCUUUUGGCCAACCUCAAUAGCCACAACUCUCAGUGUUUGUUGUUGUUUCUGGUUUUCCAAUUUUCCAACUUUGAUUUUGGGGAUUUUGGAACAACAACAACAAGAACAGCCUCCAACAACAACAACAUCACCAUCGACUUCGAAAAACUCGUUAGGUUUUUUCCAAAACUUGUUUUUUUCCUUUGCUUUUGUACCUUUUUUUCUCAUUUACGUAUAUGGUUUCGUAUUUUUCUGUGUGUUUCUUUUUUUUAAGUUUUUUUUUUUAAGAGAGAUCUUAACAGACGCCAUUUUGUUUUAAGCCAGACUUCGGGCAAGCAGUGCUGGGAGAUUUCUGGUUUUCGGUAUAAGACCGUCUUGGUCUUGGCUAAAAGUUCAGUUGCCGGGGGAAUUUGUUUUCAGAGAGAAAGGGAUUUUUUUUCCCACUUUAACUUGGCCAAGAGAGCUGGAGAAUAUUUCCCUCAGUCUUGAGGACUUUUUCUCUUUUUGAAGGUUCAAGUUGUUGAAGUUUUAAGCCAAGAUUCGAACUCUAAGCCAAGAAAUUCGAAGUCUGAAGAGGCUUUCGAAGUGAGACUUAUAUUUGAGCCCUGAGGGAAAUAUAUUUUAGGAGCUUGAAAUAGGGAAGUCUUAAAAAAUAAGAGAGAAAAGAUACUUUAACUAAAUAUUUUAAAAAAUUUUUUAUAUUUUUAAUACUUGUAUUUUAAGAAAACUUCAAAUUUAAAACUAAACUUUGCAUAAAAACUCCCUCUAGUCUCUUGUUAUUUUCCACAAACCACCAAAAAGUAUGCUAUAAAAUCUAGAAAAACCCAAGCCCGCUUCUAAAAUCCCUCCUUACCAUGAGGGAAAUUCUCUGUUGAGCCGGAGUUGCAGUUUUCGAAUUAGAGUCUGUGGCCAGGGGAAAUUGUGGCCGCCUCGUGGGCCUCUCGAUUAGUAGUAUUCCCGCUCUUCCCAAAGCCAGACGUCUGCUGCUGCUGUCAGCGUCGCAGUUGCCGUCGCAGUCGCAGUCGCCGUUGCUGCUCUUAUUUUUUUUUAUAUUUUUGUUGAAAGAAAAAGAAACAAUAAAGUAUAUAUAUACUUUUUUUAACAAAAGAAAACCUUAAGAAACCUUCAAAAAAUUAACCAAAAAAGUGAUCAGAAAAUCAGAAAAAGAAAUACUUUAAGAGCCAAAAAUCCCAGCAAGAAGCUCUUCGUUAUGUGUGUGUGUGCUUGGUUGUGUGUGUUGGCGUGACAUUAGAGCCAUAAUAACUACAAAAACAACUACAAAAACAAUUAAAAAAUAACAAAAAAAAAAGCCCAAGCUUAAGGAAAAA